AUGACUACAGUAAAUGGGUACGGGACUCUAUCUCAUGAUGUCUCGGCAAACCGGUCCGCCAACGACGAAAAUGAACCUCUUCUCGGGAAGAAGAGUACUUCAGCUCAACUCGAACAUUUCCGCGAGUACAUGACGGAUGAUAUCGACAAGCGAUGGGCCGACCUGCUGCUGCUGCUGUCCUAUGUCAUUACAGGUCUUCUGGAUAGUUCUGCUGUCUUUAUCUGGGGCUCGUUCGUGAGUAUGCAGACUGGCAAUACUGUGUACUUAGGGCUGGGGCUUGUUGCACCAACUGCAGGCACGAGAUGGAUCCGAUCUGGCACAUCAAUCGGCUUCUUCUGCUUCGGCUCGUUCUGUUUCAGUCGCUUCCACCGGCACUUUUCACCAAAGAGGCGCUGGGUCCUGUUGGUCUCAUUUACGGCACAGCUACUCCUGAUCAUUGCGGCAGGGAUUAUCGUGGUGGUCGAUAACGGGAAGGGGAACGACUUGCGGUGGGAGGUCCUCGUUCCGAUCGCGCUGGUAGCGUUUCAGAGCAGCGGACAAGCCGUCACCAGCCGGGCUUUGCAGUACAACAGUUUAACCAGCGUCGUCUUGACGAGUAUCUACUGUGACUUAUUCUCUGAUCCGCUGCUCAUGGCUGGGCUCUCGGCGAAUGCAGAAAGGAAUCGCAGAGCAGCUGCCCCGUUGUUGCUACUGGUUGGAGCCAUUCUGGGUGGUGUCUGGGCACACAGCUCGGUUGGUUUGGCGGGCGCGUUAUGGACCGCUGCGGGGCUGAAGAUUAUCAUUAUCGGUGCAUUCUUCCUCUGGAGAGCCGAGCCAAAGCCAACUUCUCGUUGA